AUACGAGUAGGUGACGGUGAAUCAGGCACAGUCUGACCUGUCUUCUCUCUUCAACCAAACCCAACUGCCCGUAUUAGCGCGAAGCCAAUCUAAGCCAAGCCACUUAGCCACCUCUCCUCUUUGGUCUUAUUCUCACUCUCAAACUUCUCUCAUUAAAGCCUUCAUCUUCCCCCAUUUCAUCCCGUACCUUAUACUUUAAUUCCAUCAAUUGACAACCGCUAAAUUAUCCAAUACUUUGAACUUCUAGGGUCAUCGAUUCAAUCAAAUCAUCUUUCUCCGCGAAAACCAUCACCGGACCGAUCCUGAUUGGGCUUCAUUUAGUUUUAGGUUCAAUUGGAUCGGUUCCGUUCUCAGCUCUACGUAAUAGCGGAAUCCUGCAAAUUAUAGCUUCAAUUUUAGGUUUUGUAUUUGGGAUAAAUGGAUACGAGUCGAAGAGCGGUGGAAUCGUACUGGAGGUCGCGUAUGAUCGAUGGAGCAACCUCCGAUGAAGACAAGGUCACACCCGUGUACAAAUUGGAAGAAAUUUGUGAACUUCUGCGGUCCUCGCAUGGCAGUAUUGUAAAGGAGGUUUCUGAGUUUAUAUUGAAACGACUUGACCAUAAGAGUCCAAUUGUUAAGCAGAAGGCUCUUAGGUUGAUAAAAUAUUCGGUGGGGAAAUCUGGCACGGAGUUUAGGAGAGAAAUGCAAAGACACUCUGUUGCUGUGCGGCAGUUAUUUCACUACAAGGGGCAGUUGGAUCCUUUGAAAGGGGAUGCACUUAACAAAGCUGUGCGAGACACUGCUCAUGAAACCAUCUCUGCCAUCUUUUCAGAGGAAAAUAAGCCAGCUCCUGUUGAAGAUCGGAAUAGAAGAAUCCAAGGUUUCGGAAAUAAAAACUAUGAAAUGCCAUCGGACGAUAAGAAAUCAUUUCUCAGUGAGGUAGUUGGUAUUGGAAGUGCAUCUAUCAAGCAGGGUAUAAGUAGCUUCACACAAAGUAACUCGAUGAGAAAGAAUGACAACGGAAACUACAAGAGCCCAACUCUCCAUAGGUCAUUGACAAGAGAAUCAGAGUAUACGGAAAGAUAUGAACCAGUUCAAUUGCGCAAUGAGGCUCAGGGAAGUUCUGGAUAUACAAGAAGUGUGGCCAGUGGACCUUGGAAUCAAGAUUCAGGAUCAAGUAACACUGAAAUGACCAAUGGGAAUUCAUCUUCAAGUCACUCUGAAAGUAAGACUCCCGAGGAGAGACUGUUGGAGACUAUUGUAACGUCAGGUGGUGUAAGAUUACAACCUACUCGGGAUGCCAUUCAGGUUUUCCUAGGGGAGGCCGCAAAGUUGAAUGGAUUAGCUUUAAGCCAUGCUCUUGAAUUUAAGCUUCAAUCCCCAAUGUGGCAGGUUCGCAUGAAAGCUGUAUGUGUCCUCGAGUCAAUUUUGAGGAAAAAAGAUGAUGAACCAUUUACAGUUGUUGCAUCAUAUUUUGGUGAAAACAUAGAUGCUGUUGUGAAAUGCUCCGAGUCUCCCCAAGCUUCCCUGAGGGAAAGGGCAAACAAGGUUUUGAGCUUCCUGGGUGGCGAACAGACAGGCAGUACUAUAAGUGUGUCUGAAAAGCAUGUGAAGGCUGAAGCCGUUACUGCUGUCCAAAUGCCUGACUUGAUAGACACUGGUGACCAAGAUGAUUACCAAGGAACACACAAUUCAGAAGAGAAGCAAAAUGACCCAAUUAUCACGAAUAUGUCAACAACAACACCCCCACUAAUUGAUGAUUUAUUCGGGGAUAGUUUCAGCAAUGCUGUCAGCACUAGUGAACUGAUAAAUGAUGAUGACCCCUUCGCAGAUGUUUCAUUUCACUCAAGUGAGAGUAAAGAACCUGCAGAUGAUCUCUUUUCUGGGCUGUCUGUUGACAGUAAGGAGGAUGUUACUGCAAAUCAUUCAGCAAAUAAAACUGCCACUGAAUUAUUUGAUAUUUUUGGAUCUGAUUCUGGAAUUACAAUGGAGCAGCAAAACCAGAAGAAAGACGUUGAUGAUUUAAUGAGUGGUUUGUCCUUUAAUGAAAAUGGCUCAAAGGCAGAGCAAAAGGAAAGCUCUUCUGGGUUACUUUCUCAAGCUUUAUUCUCAGAUACAAAAAGUCAUCUCAGUCAGCAGGUCACUAAUGAUAUGACUGGUGUUCUUGGUCCUCAAUCUUUAGGGAUGAAUGCUAAUUUUAUGUUCCCUCAGGGUGCUAUGCCGUACAAUAUGCCACCAGGGUUUAUGUAUAAUCAAGCGCUUCCUUCUCAACAGAUAAAUUAUGCUGCUAUGGGAAAUCUCUUUGCACAACAGCUAGCCCUCCAACAGCUUGGGCAUCUAAAUGCUCAAAACUCUGGCGUUGUUCAGGUUGCUGGAACGACAGUAGGUGCACUACCUGACAUAUUCCAACCAAAUUUUCCAGGUCCAGCUGCUAAUCCAAUAGUGAACAGUUCAAAGAAAGAAGACACAAAGGCAUUCGAUUUUAUCUCUGACCAUAUUGCAGCUGCUCGCGAUCCAAAGAGAUUUGUGUAACUCCUCAAAUGAAAGCCAGAAAUAUGGAUAUGGGUAUUUUGAAGGAUGAGUUAUAAGAAGUGUAUUUUCUUGAGAUGGAUGAGUUCAAAUAUUCUUUUACAAUAAAUGGAACAUUUGCACAGAUAUUACCCCACUUGUUUCCAUGUAAAUUGUGUCCAAAUUGAUAAGAUGGUUAAACGUCCAGGAGCUUAGAUGAAAGAUGGUGGGAAUGGUUAAGAAUAUUGUCCAUUUUCAAGAUCGAACAAGGAAAAGAAUGUUGUGUAGUUACUUUUUUCCGAUUUCCAAAUCUGUAAUGCAGGCACCAAUUUCAUGGCUAUUUCUUUUUUUCUUUUUUUUUUGCCAAGACUCCUGGAUUGAUUUUGUCUUUCGUUUUCUUUGAAGAGUUUUUGUACUUUGAUUUCUCCAAUCCACGAGAAGUACUCGUGGAACGUUUCUCCGAACACAGUUUUGGUUAGCGGGGUGGGGAAAGAAAACAGCAGGCUUUUAUUGUCAAGCUUUUAUACUUUAAUAAUUUAUGGAUUUGUAUAGUGAUAAUGGCUUAGAUAUUGCUGUCUUUGUCUGUUUUGAAUGUCUCUGCUUAAACAAUACAAGAUAAAUCGUCAAA